AUGUCCGCCGUCCAACGCAUAGCCCGGCCCGCGCGCCGUCUACGCAUCUGUCCAUCCACCCUGCGAUCCUUCACCACCGGUCCCACCCGCCUCGCCAACACCACCACCACCACCACAACUUCCACCUCCGAGCCUCCUUCGCCACCUCGUCCUCGCAAGCCCCUCACCGCCGAGCAGCGCGCCUUCCUCUCCUCGGCUCUGCGCGUCAACCAGGCCGGCGAGCUCGCCGCCACGCUCAUCUACACGGCGCAGACGCCGCCCCUCGUGCGCGCGCACCCGCACCUCCGCCCGCUCAUGAAGCACAUGUACGACCAGGAAGCCGCGCACCUCGCCACCUUCAACGCGCUCCUCCAUAAACACCGCGUGCGCCCGACGGCGCUGUACCCGGUGUGGUCGGCGCUCGCGAGCGGACUCGGGUGGUCCACGGCCGUGCUCGGCCGCGAGGCCGCCAUGGCGUGCACCGAGGCCGUCGAGACCGAGAUCGGGGGCCACUACAACGAGCAGAUCCGCAGCCUUCUCGAGAUGGUAACGGCGUGGGAGGCCGAGGGCUACGAGGUCGGCCCCGAGAUCGCGGAGCUGAUUGGCACGCUGAGGCGGAUCCGCGACGAGGAGCUCGAGCACCUAGACCAUGCCGUCGAGCAUGAUGCGAAAAAGGCGGAUCCGCACUGGCUGCUCACGGGUGUCAUUCGCGCGGGCUGUCGCGGUGCCAUCUGGGUCAGCGAAAGGGUCUGA